AUGGCGGGCGAGGCGGGGGGCGGCGAGUUCCGGGCGGAGCGCGGCCACGUGGAGACGGAGCUGGAGGCGCUCACCAAGACGAUGAACGGCCUGCAGCUGUUCAAGGACAAGGACCUGAUGCGGGAGUGGGUGAUGGCAUGCGAGGAUUCCAAAAAGCAGCUCGAUGGUUUGAGGUACUUUCGCCGGAUGCUGUGCGAAGAUCACAACCCCCACGUGCAGCACAUCAUUCAGUUGGGCUUGGUGCCGUACUUCGUCAAAUACCUGAAGCAGGGCACCGCGGAGAUACAGGUGGAAGCCGCAUGGGCCCUGACGAACGUGAGCGCGGGGACGGCGGAGGAGACCGAGGCGGUGGUGGAGCAGGGGGCGAUACCAGCGCUCGUGGACAUCAUGAGGAAGGACAAGGGGAGCCUGAAGGAACAGGCGAUUUGGGCUGUCGGGAAUAUCGCCGCUGAGAGGCAGUUCAGAGACGUCCUCAUCGAGAAGGGCGCGCUGCGACUGUUGCUAGGGACCCUGCAGGAUGACAGCGCCAGUCUUUCCACCGUGCGGAUUGGCACGUGGGCAUUGGCCAAUUUCUGCAGGACCAGGUUCUACGGUGGCGACACUGAGGAACUCGCCAACACUGUGAUCCAAGUGUCUGCCAACCUGUUGAGGCAGAGAGACAGGGACAUCCUAGCAGACGCUGUUUGGGCCCUGUCGUCCAUCGCAGAAUGGCAGGAUAAUUACGUCAGCAGGAUCAUAGCAGCAGGUGCCAUUCCCCACCUGGUCAAGCACCUUGGGAACCGAUCCCCAUCGGUGGUGCACCCCACAUUGCGCUGCCUGUCGUCUGUCGCAUUGGGGCCUGAGUCCAGCGCCGCCGAGGUGGUGGCCUGUGGCGCCCUGCCCCGCCUGAAGCGGCUCCUCAUGGGCCAUCAGAAAAAGAGGGUGUUGGGGAACGCAUGCUUGGUGCUGGCCAACCUGGUGGCCAGCGGGUGGUCCACCUGCCAGGGGGUGAUCGAUGUAGGCAUCAUGCCGCUUGUCAUGGACGUCCUCAGGAGCAGCAUCUAUGAGGUCAAGUGCAAGGCUGCCUUUGUUGUGAUCAACGCCUUCACCACGAGCUCCAUGCCAUACCAGGGCGUCGUCCAGCUCUCCAACGACGGCUGCAUCGAGGCGCUGUGCGCGUUCCUGACGUGGGAGCAGCGCAGCACCGUGGCCGCCGCCCUGACCGCCCUGGGCACAGCCCUGGCCAUGGGCGAGCUGGGCCGGCUGAACAACGGCGGCGGCGCCGGCGGCGCCGUACUGAUGAACGAGUCGUACGAGAUGAGCGAGAAGGCGCACAAGAAGCGCGUGCGAGCCAGGGGAUACCACGGGCGGUCGAACCGGGUCGCGUGCCAGGUGUCCGCGGCGGGCGGCCGGGAGACGCUGCGGCAGCUCACGGAGCACGAGUGCCAGGAGGUGGCCUCGCUGGCCAGGGACCUGCUGGGGAGGUACUUCCAGGUGGAUGACGUGGGGUCCGAUUUGGAUGAGGCGCACGGGGCCAUGGAGGACGGACUGGAGGGAGACGAAUUGGAGGACGGAGAGGAUGCAUUGAGCGAGCUUGCGGCGAAUGGUCAUGGCACCGAGGCGGACCCCGCACAGGAGCUGCAAGACAUGCUGGAGGACUGGUCGGUCAAUGAUCGGAGUCCGGUAAAGCCAGCGAUAACAUGCGCCAAAUAG